AUGGGGGUCGCGACUCUUGCGGGGUGCCCCUUGCGCCCCGACAUGACGAGCGCGAGGACGGGGCUAGACUCCGAGCUCUCGACCACGGGGACCUGUUCGGAGUAUGAGUCCCCGGAGCUGGCCCGGACUUUGACCAUGUGCCAGACGGAGGAGGAGGUGCUCCGGGUGCUGACCGAUCUGGGGCUGAGCCGGGAGCAGGCCUCCAUGGCCCUGCGCCUGGCACUCCUCACGCAGGCCGCGGCGGGGAGGCGGGCUACGGAGGCCACCUUGCACGCCGCCCCCGAGCAGCACGGCGCAAGGCAGCAAGGCUUCACGUUCCAGACUGGGAGCAAGGCGCCUGCGGGGGUGUCGGUGGACACCUCCCUGUGCCACUUCUCCCCCGUCUUGGACGGCCUGCCCCCGCGCUGGAAGCCCGCCGGCCCCCAAUCUGCAUUUGCAUUCCAGGCUGCCGUGCACGACACCAUCAAUGAGGGAGAGACCCCAGGGCCGAUCGGCCCAGGCCCGAGCUGCGAGGUCAGCGCCAAGCGCGAGGCCUCGCUCUCCGAUUGGGUACCAGGCAAGAAACGACGGAACCCCCCUCCCGGACCCCGGCGCGCACCCGGGCAUGGACUGGACAUCGAGCGCAGCGGCCUCGGGCGCGCCUGCUCCCUGGACGAGUGGAUGGGGUGA